AUGACCUCCUUAGGAGCUAAGUUGCGGUUUCUCGUCACCGCAGGGGUUGGAUUCUUCGCAGACGGCUAUCUCAAUCUGACUAUUGGCCUCGUGGUACCGAUCUUGGGCUACCUCUACUUCGAAGACAGUCAAGGUCAAGUGCCGGCGGUCCAAAGUGAUGUGAUCAAGGGAAGCUUGAGCUUGGGCAUGGUUGCUGGCCAGCUUCUGUUCGGCGUCCUGAGUGAUCUUUGGGGCCGCCACACUAUCUACGGCAAGGAGCUGAUAUUGACGAUGUUCGGAACGUUAAUGGUGAUUCUUCUCCCAUGGAAGAACAUGUCUGCCUCGGGUGUCACAGCAUGGGUUUCUGUCUUCCGCGUGUUGACUGGAAUUGGGAUUGGUGCAGACUACCCUCUAUCUUCUUCCCUUUCUGCAGAAAAGUCGCCGUUCGCUUCUCGUGCUGUGCAAGUCAUGACAGUCUUUUCAAAUAUCGGCCUCGGCAAUAUCGCGGCCAGCAUUGUCUUCUUGAUCCUUCUCAAGGCCUUUGAAGGCGCAAUAGCGUCUGACCAGAAUAAUCUCGAAUGGGUCUGGCGGUUGUUGCUAGGCUUAGGGAUUGUGCCCGCCGCGUUCACUCUUUAUGCACGAUUGACAAUUUCGGAAACAGAGCCCUAUAAGCGAUAUGUUUGCAAUGAUGCUGCUGGCCACAGUCGUGGCUGGAAGGAGCAAUGGACAGACUUUCGCGAGUACUUUGGGGAAUGGAGACAUGCCAAAGUACUGUUUGCGACUGCUGCUUCCUGGUUUCUCUUCGACAUUGCAUACUACGGAAUCAAUCUUAAUCAAAGCAUCAUCCUAGCAAGAAUCAACUAUGCUAAAGGAGCCACGCCUUGGGAGACACUAUACAAAACAGCUGUCGGCAACAUCAUCGUUCAAGCUGCGGGAUACUUGCCUGGGUUUUACGUCGGAAUAUUUCUCCCAGAUCUCAUGGGGCGUACACGCCAGCAGCUGUAUAGUUGCAUCGCAAUCUGUAUUCUGUACGCCAUUUGGGCCGGGAUUAGCUCUCCCAGUGCACACACCUCUACCGCUGGUCUGAUGGUCAUUUUUGCGAUCUCCCAAUUCUUGCUAACCGCGGGCCCUAACUGCACAACUUUCUUAAUCCCUGCUGAAGUUUUCCCAACUCGUGUUCGUGGUACUGCGCAUGGUAUCUCGGCCGCAGCAGGAAAAUGCGGUGCAAUUCUGACUGCAUUCGCUUUUGAAACAGUGGAAGAUGCAAUCAGCCUGCAGGGGGUCUUAGGCUUGUUUUCUGGAACAAUGCUCCUGACUGGUUUGGUGACGCUCAUGAUUCCUGAGUCCAAAGGGCAGACUUUGGAGGGCAUUGAAAAGGAUGAAUUAUACACACAAGGGGAGCCGGUUGAUCCAGGGUCGUCGAGUCCCAGUAGCUUGGCCAAGGGUGCUGUGUAUGAAACAGGUGACGGGUCACUUGUCAAAGGGAUUUGA